GCACAGGCGCCCUUUCUACACACAACUACACAAAUAUGAGGAGGAUCAGAAUGUCAUGUUGUGUAGUUUGGGCUCAUUAAUAUUUGAUUAUUUGCCAGGAGUUGUCUUGGGGGUGAUGCGUGUGCAAAUCAGCGGUCGCUGUGAUAUUUUCGCAGAAAACGUAAAAAAAAAAACAGAGCGGAUUCGUGAAAGGCGAUCAAGUUGCGUGUUCGUCGUGCGAGCGGCCGCAGCGGCGCAGUCCCGGUUCUCCUCGCAGACCGCCAGCGGUUCCAUCCACCUGAAGAUUUCUGAGACAUUUCUCAUUACCAGCGGUGGCAGCGCAGCAGUUGGAAAAGGGUGAAUCAAUCUGAGAGAGGGAGCGAGAGAGAGAGAGAGAGAGAGAGAGAGAGAGAGAGCGGAGGAGACGGUGUCGGCGGCGGCUCUGCAGUGGAAUACGCGGUUAUUUGGGGGAAGGUGAGAGCUCUCGGAGUAGCGCGCGUGGAGCAAGAUGUGUUUCUGGACUUGACCUGUGCAUCAUUACACAAAAAGCAGCUCCUGGGUUCCUCUGACUUCAGGAAAGGCUUCGCUCAAAUCCCCAGACGGCGCCACACGAAAACGGGAAUAACAUCUGUUUAUCUGCAAAUUUCUAUGAAUAAAUUCCCCAAAAAACAAAAGGAGGAAAUACAGAAAUUGACAGAGGACACAGCGCGUCUCCGAGGAUGCAGAUUUAGGAGCGAGCGGCCACGUCGGGACCCGAGGGAAGGAAAGCGCUGUCUCCAGCAUCCACCAGUGAGACGUCCCCUCACCUGUACCCCCGGAUUAAAGAGCAGGGUCAUGUCCCAGUUGCCAUGCGCAUCGCCACGCUGACCUGCCUCCCCGGCCCUUCCCCCUUCCUCUUCCUACUGGCCCAGCUGCUGCUGCGGCUCCUCCUGCCUGGGCCGGAGCUGGUAGGAGCUACCUCCUCCUGCCCCUCCCACUGCACCUGCUCCAACCAGGCCAGUCGCGUCAUCUGCACCAGGCAGAACCUGGAGGAGGUGCCGGAGAGCAUAUCGGUCAACACGCGAUACCUCAACCUGCAGGAGAACUCGAUACAGGUGAUCAAGUCAGACACCUUCAAGCACUUGAGGCACCUCGAGAUCCUCCAGCUGUCCAAGAAUCAGAUUCGUCAGAUCGAAGUCGGAGCGUUCAAUGGCCUCCCCAACCUCAACACGUUGGAGCUCUUCGACAACCGCCUCACACUGGUGCCAUCGCACGCCUUCGAGUACCUCAGCAAACUGCGGGAGCUGUGGCUGCGCAACAACCCCAUCGAGACUCUACCGGGCUAUGCCUUCCACCGCGUGCCCUCGCUGCGGCGCCUGGACCUGGGGGAGCUCAAGAAGUUGGAUUUCAUCUCCGACGCGGCCUUCGUGGGCCUCAUCAAUCUUCGCUACCUGAACUUAGGCAUGUGUGGGCUGAAGGACAUCCCCAAACUGACGGCCCUUGUGCGUUUAGAGGAACUGGAGCUGUCAGGAAACCGGCUGGAGAUCAUCCGGCCGGGCUCCUUCCAGGGCCUGGUGUCUCUCCGCAAACUGUGGCUCAUGCACUCGCAGGUGUCCGUCAUUGAGCGCAAUGCCUUUGACGACCUGAAGAACCUGGAGGAGCUCAACCUGUCCCACAACUCCCUGCACUCCUUGCCCCAUGACCUCUUCACGCCCCUUCACCAGCUAGAGAGGGUGCACCUGAACCACAACCCAUGGGUCUGCAACUGCGACGUGCUCUGGCUCAGCUGGUGGCUGAAAGAGACGGUGCCCAGCAACACCACCUGCUGCGCCCGCUGCCACGCGCCCCCCUUCUUGAAGGGCAAGUACAUCGGGGAGCUCGACCAGAGCCACUUCACCUGUUAUGCUCCUGUCAUCGUGGAGCCACCUACGGACCUCAACGUUACCGAGGGUAUGGCCGCGGAGCUGAAGUGUCGCACAAGCACCUCCACAACAUCUGUCAACUGGAUCACCCCUAAUGGAACUUUAAUGACCCACGGCUCUUACCGGGUGCGGAUAUCCGUCCUGCAUGACGGCACGCUCAACUUUACAAAUGUCACGCUGCGAGACACAGGCCAGUACACCUGCAUGGUCACCAACGCCGCUGGCAACACCACGGCCACCGCUGUCCUCAAUGUAACUGCUGCCGACGCCAGUGUCAACUACACCUACUUUACAACCGUCACGGUGGAAACCGUGGAGGCCGCUGGCGACGGAGAGGGCGCGUUGGUUGCCACCAAUAAGACCUUCAUCCACGUUCCUACUACAACGUCCUCUCUGUCCGUUGGCCUGUCGUCCUCGUCCCCUCGAGCCACCCAACCAACCUUCACUGUGCCCAUCACGGAGCCAGGCUUCUCCGGCCUGGACGAUGUGAUGAAGACCACCAAGAUCAUCAUCGGCUGCUUUGUAGCCAUCACCUUCAUGGCAGCGGUGAUGCUGGUGGUGUUCUACAAACUGAGGAAGCAGCACCAGCUGCAUAAACACCACGGUCCUGCACGGGCCAUCGAGAUUAUCAAUGUGGAGGACGAGCUGGGGGCCGGGGCCAGCGGCCGGGGCAGCGGGAUCUCGGGAGGCUCCACUGUAGCGCAGAGUGUAAACAGUGGAAUAGGAGGGGGGCAGACACUCAGGCUGCACCACCCAGAGAUUGUAAACCUGCCGAACCUGGCCCGAUCGGAGCACCUCAACCACUACUAUAAAACCCAUCACUUCAACAACAACAUAAAAGGCCUGGGCAUUGGUUCUGGAAUGGGCCUCAACAACAACAACAACCCAUCACCUUGCUCUCAGAACACGUCUAUAUCCUGCUCCCAGAUUCCAACCUCCACGACUGGGGGAACACCCACGGGAGGCACCCUGCCCUCCACUCUGCCGCUGCCCCAGCUGGGCCUUCACAGCUCCCUGAAAGGCCUGAUGGGGAAAGGCCAGAACGAGCCACUGCUUUUUAAGAGCAGCUCCAAGGAAAACGUGCAAGAGACUCAAAUCUGAGUAAAAGUGAGAGCAUAAGUCAGAGGUAAAAAGCAAGUAGAUAGAGGCAGUAAUACAGAAAGAGCGCCAGAGACACCGAGCAUAUAAGACUGAUUGUAGCCUACUGUUCUCAUGGACAGAUUCCAGAAAAGAUGAAAUUUCACAUAGUCACUGCUUUGUGUUGUCAGUCUGUUGACAGAGAGAAGCAGAUACGUAGGAGACCGAGUAAGACGCCCCAGAAGCACUGGUCCCACAAUAGCAUCUGCGUGUACUUUUUAAAUAAAUCGGACACAAACAUAUACAGCGUAAGCCACUAACAUCACAGAGGCGACGUUUGCAAUCUGACAUAGUCCAAAGCCCACGAUCGAGCCCCACGGUCACAGUGGAACGGUAUGAGGAACACACAUGAGCAGUGACUCUCUCAAGCUUUUAUACAGAUUGUGUCAUAUAUUUCCAGACAUAUUCAGUGUAUAUAUUUGGAGGGAGACAUAAUAUUGGCCACUGAACAUGUUGUCAGAUUAGUGUUUGGCAGAGACACCCAAUAGCAAACAAUGAUUUGGGUGAGCGGAACAGUGCUACUGUGGGUUUCCAGGAACCACCGGAACAGACAGCGAAAUUAGAGAAGCGCGGCGGUUCUGUCCAGGACGCACGUAUGAGCGCGAAGCUCGUGCUUUGCAGGAUGCCAGAAUAAAAACUAUUGUUUUUUUCACUCUCACUUUCUCACUUUUUCCCUUUCACACUCGACUGGCUACUGUCUUCUUUGAAGGAGGAAAGAAACAGAGCGAGUUAACAUGGGAGAGAAAAGUCUCACGGCAUAAAAGACAAUGACAAAUAUUAAAAAAAAACUCAAAGUACAUAUUAUAUAUACGUAAAUAUAUUUUCAUUCGAAGAAAUAAAUUAUAAAGAAUCUUUAUCAACCUUUUGACUGAAAUCUACAACAUCUGAAGAAUAUAUUAAAAAAAAACACCCAGCUGUUGUAGUGACCCUCCCUUACGACAUGUCUCAACUUGGAACAAGAUGGCUGCUCCAACUGUGCUGCGUACGGACACAUGUGGCCCGGUGGCAUCGGUUGAGAAGGAUCUGAAACAAAAACCUGGCAACUGAGUGAAUUUAUUUUGGGCUUGACUUUUUUUUUUUUGUAGCACAUGAAACCUGUUUUUUCCUCCUCUCUCGCAACAUAAACAGGGUCAUCGGAGACGGAAACGCUCCGCGCUCUGCUGCGAAAAUAUGAAACGCAGGUCUUCGUCAUUUGAUAUGCGGUACAGCUAUAGUAAUAAUAAUAAUCAUCCUAAUGGUAAUGAUGAUAACAAUGAUUUCGCUUCAUUUGUCAUAAUUAUAUAACAAGAUGUUACUUUACAUUAUACUAAAACGGUGCACAUGCUAGCUUAGCAUGGUGUCUAAAUUCUAAAUUGGGUUCAGCAUAUCUGUCUCGUGGCAUCACUGCUGUUACACUGCGUUAUCAUUUUUACCAUUCACAUGACUAUUAUUUUUACUACUUCUGCCUCCUGAGAAGUAUUUUUUUUCCUUUGUAUAAGACGCUGAAGUUUUGCGGCCGAUCCCGGACUAGUGAGCAGCAGUGGGAUGGACUGAGCGUGCCACUAAGUGCAUAUGCAGGAAAUAACCUGGCCCUGAACUGGUUUCCUCAGUCAAGUCGUCACAGACUCGUCUGCUCUGAUGUCUCAUGCGGUCGGAUCGUCACGUUUUCACACCUUAAGGACGGGACGUGGACCGUUGAUGGAGACUGCCCCGUUGCAGAGGAUUAUUUCACAACUGUAUCUCAGUGUUAUCGUGUGUGAGUGGAUUUCAUUGCAGCAGGGAGCUAAAUGGACAACAGACUUUGCCGAGCGUUUUUAAAGGUAAGCGAAGCUCAUUCAGAGAAGGCGAACAGUAUACAGUGGUGGCAGAAUUUUUUUCUAAUGAAAAAGGACAAUUAAAUGAAAAAAUAUAGAACUUAUAGAUCUCUUUUAAAAAACAAAACUAUUAUGAUAAGUGUUUUUCAUUUUGGGUUUUUAUCUAGGUUCAUUCUUUUCAUUUUUUUUAAAUCAAGUGUUAUCUUUAUUGUAAUAUUGUUACUGUUAUUAUAAUUAGCUAAUUACACUGGUUAUGAUUAUGAGAGAUGUUCUGUUAGCAGAGGUCACUGAAAAUUAAAAAAUACCUGGCACAUAAAAUGGCAGUUUAAGUCUGUGAAAUCUGGUGGCUGUUUUUUUCUUUUUUCUUUAUGUUCCUAUCAAUUUUAAUUGUAGUAUCACUGUUUGUAUCCCUUUGGCUUGAGAUGAGACAAAGCGAAUGUGAACUGGUCGACACCGGGCCCUUUUGUUUCUGCACAGGGGGACAGGAAAGGCCCUGCUCUGGUUUACAAGCUCACUCACACUCGCUCUGUGCUUUUCUGAAUGUCACCGCCGUCACAGUGCUCGGAGUGCGAUUGCGCUAUGUCAACACCUCGUUGCCAUGGCUACGCGCUCUAAUGCGCCAAACGGCGUCAGCGUCGGCGUCUCAUGCGGCUCCCCAUCGCCCCUCGUCACCGCUCCUUUCUGGUGCCGUGUCUCAACGAGCCGGUCAGUGUUUAUUCAGCGGUAGCAAAUCAACCUGUGCAUUGUGGCCCCCCCCCCCCCCCCCCCCCCCCCCCCUCCCCCCCCUUCACCCUCAGCCCUCCCCACAACCCUUAGCAUCCUGCCAUCAGGUUUCCCUGGCAACUGUUGCUGCUGUGACGGCCCCUUAUCAAAACGUCUUGAUUUGGGUUUUGAAUGUUAAACAGAUGAGAGCAGAUGGUAUAGAAUUUAAUCAGUGUGUGCUUUUACAUCCUUUAAAGAUUCUUCCCCCCUCUCAGCCUGAUAAGUCGCUACAUUACAUUCUCCUAUAAGCAAACUUGAUUUCUGUAUUUCAGCCACACGGGUAAUUCUUCUGACUUUUCGUUGGCGCGUCAUGUGAUUUCCAUGCCACGGCCCCCUGUGCAGCGAAUGCAUUUAUGCACCCGGCCCUUAUGACGGACACUCAUGAACACUCAUGCCCUGCAUCAGUCAUUACCAUAUCUCUUACCCAGCACUAGGGAUCCAUGUUUCCCUCACCAGUUAUUUACAUAUUCAUCCGCCUGUGUGUGCAAAUAACAGAGAAAUUAUCAUGUGGCUGUGCUUGUGGGUACGAGUGUGUUUCGUGUGUGCGCGUGGGUGUUCGCGACAUUUUUUUUUGUGUACAUCACUGGCUGAAAGCAAGGACUGUUACAAAAAGCUAUUUACCCUGAAUUCCUCAGACACUGCCUAUCGCCUGUAGUAGCUCAUCACUUCGGAAAGCAUUGUGUAGCCCCUAUGAAGUGGUGCAAACCGGAGGCCAUGUUAUUGAGGUUCAGCGUUAGAGAGAGAGCAGCGGUGGAGCCGGAGAAACGGCGACCGUGCCGCAGCGUCCGAGACACAGAGCGCUGAGCGCACUUCCAGCGCUGCUCUAAUGGAAGCGCUGUGUUUACUGUGCAGGAAGGCACCCGAAUAUAGGGCUGUGUUGUAGAAUAAGGCAAAUAAAUCAGGAAGCUGUCAUUUGAAUCAUUUGAAGCUGUGACUGUGUGUGUGCACGUGUUGCACGUUCAGGUGGGCUUACGCCAGCUAGGUUGUGUGUGUGUGUGUGUGUGUGUGUGUGGGGGGGGGGUCAGACAUCCAUUUUAAAUCCACAGUUUAAACCAGCUCUGUCUGUCUCCCUUUGCUUCAGGCUACUUUUAUCAUCCGCUCACUGACACUUAAAGUAAAAUCUUUACUGUUCUUUCUGCUCGUCGUCAGCGUGCAGCAUCGCGUUGAGGGUCAGGUCACAUCCCGCCAGGGCUCAUCGUGGACGGCGUUCCCAUUCUGCAUGGCGCCGUUUGCUCUAACUGCUGAUGCGGCCGUACGGGAGAAUAGCACCUGUUAAAUGAUUUGUAAUGUGCAUCUUAGGGGCCGUAUUUGACAGCGAGGCCACUGUUUGGUGGCAAUCGUAGCGAUACGCGUGAAGCUGCUCUCUUAGCUUAGCUUUGUGUAAUCACAGACACGAGGGCAUUUCAAGUUCAGUCUGUUGCUCAUUGUGGCCAGCAGUGUUAGAAACUGCAGCCAGACUUGCACCAGUCCCUGAAGGCGGUGUUGCACACAUGUUAACCUCAGCACUACAAGCCCUGGGUGAACUCCACACUGCUUAAUUUCUAUUCUGUCAACCCCCCCCCCCCCCCCCCCCCCCCCCCCCCCCCCCCCCCUUUAAAAAUAGCAGGGAAGCGACAGCAGAGCUCAAUGCAUUAUUGAUACGCGUGGUGUCAAUGAUGCAUGCGCUCACGCACUGGUGCUAAUUUUCUCCCUCUUUUGCAGAGGCCAAAAGCAUCAAGCCGCUGUAAUUUAUAUGCCUGAUUAUUGCUAUUAUUUCUCAUGCAGCGAUCAAGAUGGUGCGUGAGCCCAGCUCGUCUGCCUGCGCGAUGACUGCUGUGAUUCCGUUAAGUGCAGCAGUGUUUGUUUGCCACUGUGUCACCAAGAACCCCCCCCCAGCAGUGCUGUCUUGCUAUCCUUCACUGUGCCGCUGCUGUGGCGUGCGUGGCAGUCGGGGGUCCGGUGUCAUCACCAUCACGCUGGUCCGAGGCCGGUUUGAUGGCACCAGUCUUUAGAUGUGCGGGUCACUCCGUUCUGUCGCAUUACAAAGAGUGAGGAGUCUUUUUUUUCCGCUUCCAUGGUCACUUCGGAGAUGCUUCAACUGGAGCUUCAGACGAGAUGUGCACAGACGUUUCUUCUGUGUCAUCACUGUGAAGCACACGGGCACGUUUGGGUGCAAAAGCUACACACACACACACACACACACACACACAUUGAUGCUGCAAGAGUGAUUUACUAAUUGAGGUGGAACUUUUUUAAAUAAUUUGCAGCUAAGUGCCGUGCACGUUAGCACGAACCUGAACCCUUUAGUUUAGGCGUGUGUCAACUGAAGGCGCCGUGAGUUUCGGUUUGGGACGUUAUUACCCGAUUUAUUUUCUCGUUGCCUUAGUAACUGUGACAUUGGCAACCACAUUUUGGUCCUCUUGCGGGUUUCAUUGAUUCAGAGGCGUCUUGUGAACGUGCACGUGAGAGCGAUGAGUGAUGUCUCAUCCCAGAUGACUGUCUCCUCCGUGUCACUCAGCUGUGGGUCAAGAUCCGCACAGUCGCUAAACCAGUACAAUGGGACAAUGGCACAGAAAUGAACAGGGGGGCAGUAGUAAAGCUAGCAUCAUGUGAUGUUUGACUAACGGCACCAAACUAAAAGAAUGUGGUGAGGCAGGUUCAAAGGGGAGAGAGCUUCACUUCAAUACUGAAAAUGAACAUUUGGAGCCAGGUUUAUCAAACACACAGUCACGUUUAGAGACGCUGCUUCCCCCGGAGCGCGGUGGAGACGCCUCCUUUGCUGGUGUGCGCAGACUUUGGGACAUGCAUUGGACCGUCCUGAACCAUCCAUAUCUAUUAAAGCAUGUGCUGACCCAGCAGCCGUGCUCCUCUGAGAGGACAAGCUUGCUGUUAAGUUGCCAAACACACAUUCUCCUCCAUCCACUGCAGCUUGGCGUCUCAGAUUUACUGUUUACGGGCACCUUGGCUCGGCAUCAUAAUCACACUCUGCUGUGUCUGAUGUUUGAACCUGGGCGGGGGCCACGGAGCACACUUCAACGCUUUGAAGUGUAAAUUCAGGUCUGCUCGGAGCAGCCAUAUGGAGGGUGGUGGGGAGAUAGUGACAGACAUAUGGGUGUAAGCUCAGUGGUUUAAUAAUGAGGCUGUUUAACCCCGUCUGAAGGUGAAGGAGGUCUGCAGGGACUCGAGUUUAGACCCAGACCAGGUGUCACCAGCGAGGGUCAGUAACGGGGCCCGACCCAGAAAACCUCCCUAUAGUAGCUGGGCCUCAGACCUGCAGCAUCCUGUGUGGUUUUAAGCCGACUGCUGUUGUAAACAGUCAUCAAUAUGAAAUAAAGUUUUACUGGACAUAUUGAUUUUUUGACCCUUCUUUUCCCCGCGUCAGCCAGUGAAGCAUGCUGCUCCCCGCAUCUGUGCUGAUUUAUUCAUCCAGCGUGGCCCCUCGUAGCCUCCUCUCACGUCCGCCCCCUCCUCUGCACGCGGUCCGACCUCGCAAGUUGUGUUUUCCGCCGCUGAUGCUCUUUGACGGCGGCUACGAGCGGCGCCGGGCGCCCCGUCGCGGCGUUCCCGCGCGACCCGGCCCGCGCUCACCGGGCUCAGCUGGCAACACGGCCCGCUUACCACGCAACAGCCUCUGUCGCCCGAGGCGCCCCCCGCCCUCACAGCCCAAAGGAAGUAGAGUGACAGGGGAGGACGGGGUGGACAGAAAUAGAAAAAGAGAACAUAGAGAUAGAUUGAAAAGAGACAAGGAUGACAGGAGGAAUAAAAGAUGACACUGAGACAUCCUGUCACUCCAUAUCUAUCCAGGCUUUAGCUGCAGUAGAGGACCUGGUUGCACGUAUGUACAUGGAUGUGCUGAGGCCCCGAAACUGCGCUGUGUGCGUGUCUCACAUCUGCAUGACUGGCGUAAGUAUGCAUAUUUAUGCAUACGUCCAAGUAGGUUGCGUGUGUACUCGUGUGCACUCAAGUGCUCACGGUAUCCGUGAUUGUGAAUGUGCGCGCGGAGGAGAUAAAGACAUGAAGGAGGAAGGGCCGCCGCGGUGCUUAUAUGUCACCCAGCGCUGGAGGGGGAAUGACUCCUCUCUGUCCCUGACCCGGCAGAGGCAGAGGAGGAGCACGGCUCACUUCUCCUGUUUCUUUGCCUUUUUCUCGCCCUCUUCUUGGGAAAUGUAGCUAAAGCGUCAGUCGCGGCCUCUCUCCCUCUCUCUCUCUGAGUAACACGCGCGCUCACGGGAGUACGUCUCGCAUUAUCCCCUCAGCCCUUUGCUCCUCUGCUCCUCAAACCUCGCCGUUCCUCAUCGCCCGCUCUUCUAUCUACCUCAUGCUUCCUGUUUCACCCCUCCUUCCUCCCUCCUUCUCCUCCCUGUCAGUGUGUGAUUCUGUAUUAACCCUUUAUCCACACCGUCACGCUCUCCCACGCUCCUGUUAACCCUCUGCAUCACUCCGACCGUCUCUCAGGAAAAUGGAAAACCAACCAACAAUGAACCAAGGCUUGUGAUAUUUCCUUCCCUCUGUUCAAUUAAACAUGGCCUCCAUCUGCUUCUUUGUUUCACUUUGGCUUUUCUUCUGCAAUAUUGACUAUGGUUGUUCUUGUGAUUGUUUUUAAAACUGUGUUUUAACCUGUUAUAACCACAGAUGUGCAUAUAAACACUGCAGGAACAUAUCAAGGGUGUGUGUGUGUGUGUGUGUGUGUGUGUGUGUGUGUGUGUGUGUGUGUGUGUGUGUGUGUGUGUGCGCACGCGCGCACGGUGAAGGGUGGAUUUGUUCUGCUUUAAGGUUCUGUCCCCAAAUCCUUUUCAGAACAUUCAAUCUCUGUUCAUGUGCCAUACUGAAAAAUUUAUGAAAUAAAAAUAAUGUUUUCUACAAAAUUCAGA